AUGAGUUCACAUUUCAGAGCUCAUGGGAUUUCGGAAGCAUGGAGGCGCACAUUGGCUAAUCGUGAUAAUCACAGCAUUUUCAAAGGCGAGAGACGUCCAAGCCUUUCCGUUAAAAAACUCAAGCAUGAAAUAGGUGUCAUAUUAAACGCCGAGGUGUCGUCCGCAAGUGAUAAAAAUGUUUAUGAGUUGGUACAGAAUAUGCUAUUCCUACUCUACGAAGCUGAACUGCACAAGAAAAUGCUCAAUCUUGACUGCAAGCGGUUAAAGGAUGUGUUUGAACGCGACGUUACUAUUAUACGCGAAAUACAUGCCAAACAAAACAUUCCUGUUGCGAUCACGAACUCAAUUCUGGAUACGCGUCUCCCGUCAUUCAAAAUGCCGAGCUCAGGAAACACAAGUGCUCUUCCACCAUUAUCGAAGGAAAAUCUGAAUAAUAAUAGUAAAAAUAAUAAUAGAAUUUCUGCUGAACAUUCUUGGUCGUGUUCGGAUGUUGCUACACCGUCGACUUCUCCUAAUAAUGUGAUUGCACCUCCUCCAGCUCCUGCCCUACCACCAAUUCCGAGCAUCAGUUUGCCGGAUGUCACGAAGCCUCCUCCUCCUAUCGCAAAGAUUGCGAGUGCUCCGAAUUCGUCGUUAUUAUCGAGUCGUCCAAUCUCAGGCUCUGAUUCUCAUGCAUUUCCUACUGGCGUGCAUCUACCUGCUUGUGCCACAAUUCCUCCUUGGUCUCCAACAAAACCUCCGCCUGCUCCAUUAUGGAAUCCAGCAUUAUCUAUCGGUCAAUUUUCCUAUAAGCCAAGUGUGGCUUUUCAAUACAGUGGCCCAUAUGGACCUCCUAUCAACCCCACGCAGGUGAUUCCGGAGUGCGCGAAAGGUUAUGAUAGAUCACAAGUAUGUGGCUAUCAAGAAGACACUCUUUCCGAUCGAAAGUCCUGCUGA